AUCGAACUGCCAACAGAAAAUGCCCGAGAAGGGUCGCCCGACGCCGUCUGGAUCCUCCACGUCGAUGGGUCAGUACGAAGCAUUGAUAGCAGGACUUAGGUUGGCUCGGGGACUUAAGAUCAACAAGCUGCGGGCCUUUUACGACUCCCAGCUCGUGGCCAAUCAAUUCAAUGGAGAAUACACGGCUCGUGAUGAACGAAUGGAAGCAUACCUUGCUCUCACACAAGACUUGGCGAAACAAUUCGAAGAGUUCGAGUUAACCAGGAUCCCGCGAGGCGAAAACACGUCGACCGAUGCCUUAGCAGCUCUAGCCUCAACUUCCGACACAAAUCUGAAGAGAAUCAUACCGGUUGAGUUCAUCGAAAAACCGAGCAUUGAAGACAGUAGCAAGGAUCAAGUUCUAACAGCUCGAGAGACAGAAGAACUAGAAGAAAUGGACAUCGAACUGCAGGAUCAGCAAAAUCUCGUUGCAACCGAGCCUGAAUACGGGAGCGACGCCAAAUGGAUCGGAGCCAUCCGAAGUUAUAUUGCGGAUGGAGAAGUUCCUGCUGAAAAAUGGGCAGCUCGGAAGCUUAAGGCGAAAGCGGCGCGGUAUACCCUGAUCGACGGAGAACUCUUCAAAUGGCGAUUCUCCGGACCUCUCCUUGUUUGUGUCGAAGGAAACGAAGCUCGGAGAGUCAUGGAAGAAGUACACGGCGGAUCUUGUGGAAACCACUCCGGCGGAAGAGCCCUAGCCAUAAAGAUCAAACGCCACGGAUAUUUUUGGCCGACGAUGGUCAAAGACUGCGAGAAAUUUUCUCAACGAUGCGACAAAUGCCAGAGACACGCACCAACCAUUCAUCAACCCGCCGAGCUCCUCUCUUCCAUCACCUCGCCUUACCCCUUCAUGCGCUGGUCCAUGGAUAUUAUCGGACCUUUACACGACUCCAAACAGAAGAAACUCGUCCUCGUUCUAACAGACUAUUUCUCCAAAUGGAUCGAGGCGGACUCCUAUGCCAGCAUCAAAGACGCACAGGUCGAGAACUUCGUCUGGAAGAACAUCAUAUGCCGCCACGGGAUACCUUACGAGAUCGUUACAGACAACGGUUCACAGUUUAUUUCGGCUCGAUUCGAAGGAUUCUGCGAAAGAUGGGGAAUUCGCCUUAGCAAGUCUACACCCCGGUAUCCUCAGGGAAACGGACAGGCCGAAGCAGCAAACAAAACGAUUCUCGACGGAAUAAAAAAGCGCCUCGACGCGAAGAAAGGCCGCUGGGCCGACGAAUUGGAAGGAGUACUAUGGUCGCACAGAACAACGCCGCGGCGCGCUACGGGAGAAACGCCUUUCGCUCUCGUUUAUGGUACGGAGUGUGUCAUUCCCACCGAAGCCGAGAUCCCGGGGCUAAGGAGACGUUUGCUCCCCGAGCAGGAAAAUUCCAACACUCAGAUGAUGCUGGACGAGCUGGACUUAAUCGACGAAAGAAGAGAUUCGGCCUUGGUCCGAAUGCAGAACUAUCAGAAUGCUACAGCUCGGUACUACAAUUCUCACGUGAAGCAUCGCCGCUUCCACGAAGGAGAUCUCGUGCUACGCAAAGUUUUCCAGAAUACCGCCGAACAGAACGCGGGUAAGCUCGGCACGAAUUGGGAAGGACCUUACACGAUCGCAAAGGUGAUCCGUCCCGGCGUCUACGAACUCGUCAACAUGAACGGCAAAGCGGUUUUCAAUUCAAAUCCACCUCAACAUCUUUCCCAAAAUACAUCUCGGGAACUUUUACGGUCUUCUUAUCGACCCGCAAAGCCGACAGUUCGUUCGGACGAUGGCCACGUCCACGAACAGAAAGCUCAUUUCACCACUUCGGUUACAGCGCGCUAUAUAAGCAUUCAAGACAAUUCGGUCGGAGAUAUCUUACCACAAAGAAAUUGUCUUCAGAAAACCCAGUCAACCUCAACACUGGUGCCCCAGUCCGCUCCUAAGCACUGGUAUCGACUAUAUCAGCUCGGGUCGCAACCGAUAAAGAUUAGUCUCACAAAACCCAGUUACCUUAACACUGGUACGCUACUCAUCGUCACGGUUCGGAGAUUAACUUCUAUCGAAACCCAAUAACAUUGACGUUGGCGCAUAUUUCGUUUUCUCGGCUCGGAGGUUAAAACGUUUGAAAUUAAUUUCUCAAUGAGCAAGUCAUAAACCCAGUUAACUUGA